AUGAGAGGAUAAAACCAACCAUACUAUUAAAUUUGCUCUCCUUAAAGAGCACCUUAAAGACUUUAAGUUGUAUCUUAGUAACCUAGCCAAAAUGAUAAAAUGAUAAACUUAAAAUGCGAAAAAGUUUUGAUGGGAUUUGAAAUUCAAAGGCAAAAUUAAAUAAUAAAGGAGCUUGAAGAAAACAAAAAUUAGUUAGAGCAGCAGAUGUAAAUUUAAAUUAUAAUAUAGAAAAACAUAUAAAGAUGAAUAAAAGAUCUUGCUUCUAGAAAUCUCUACAUUAAACCAAGAAAUCAAUAAAGCAUAGGAGUAAGAGAAAAAAUAUAGAGAGCAAUUAAAUUCUUACAUCAGAAAUUAACCAUAAAUGGAUAAUUAAAUGUAAAUAGAUUUAUCUGGAGAAUAUGAAAAGUUAAAGGAAGAAAAUUAAUAUUUAGAGUCAAAAAUAUCUUAUUUAUUAAGCAUUAAUUAGUUAGAAAAUAAAUAAGAUAUUUCAUCCAUUAAAAAAUUAAAUCUCGAUCAAAGUGAAGCCUAAAAUCAUACUCCUUCCAACAUUCAUAAGCUUUUAGAAUAACUUCAAAAUAAUAUCUAAAAUUAUAAACAAGGAAAUUCCAUCUAAACUAAAUACCUUAAUUCAAUAACAAUUUUAAAGGAAUUGAUUAAGUCCUAAAUAUCAUUCCUUGCCAAACAAGAUAACUUGAAUAAAGAAAUUGAUUAUUAGUAAAUAGAAAUAUAUUUGACAAAAAUUAAUUAAGAUAUAGAAGAAUUAAAAGCAUAUGAAACUCCAAAAGCAGUAAGACGAAUUUUAAAUAAUCAAAGUCCAUAGUUAGGAAGAUCAUGUUCUUAAGGAUUAUCCUCCGAGGAAGUCUUUUCAAAAAUUAUUGGACAUAUUGAGUAUUUGUAAUAAGGAGGAUUAAGCAUUCCAACUAUUUUAAAAUAAAUUUCAUUGCUUAAUUCUUUAGUUAGAUUAAAAAACGAUGAUCUAAAACUAAUAAGCAAUAAUAAUAAAUUAAAAUAGUCACCUACUAGAUUUUCAAUAGCGCUCACACCAGUUAAAUAUUUGAGUCCAAUUAGAAUUUCUCCUUUGAAGAUACAUCCAUUUGUUAUGAACAUGAGCGCUCCUUAAAAAGUUUCUAUAAUUUAGUCAAAUAUUCAUGAUUCGCAUUAAACAAACUAAAGAUAGAAUGUUAUUGAUUCAUUUCCAAUAUAAUAAAGAGAUGAAUUUUAGAAUGUACUUAAUUCUUUUAGAGAUAAUUAAGAUAAAAUAAACUAAUUGGAAUUUGAAAAAAUAUAAUUAUAGGAACAAGCUAAAUUGUUAAGGUAAAAAUAUGACUAGUUGAUUGAAAACUAAAUUUAUUAACCAUAAGACUAAAACCUUAGUUAAUUGGAAAGUCUGGAUGCAGAAAAUUUGAUCCUUAAAAGAUAAAAUAUAGAUUUAAAGUAAUAAGUAAAGGAAUUAGUUGAAGAAAGAAUAAAAUUACAGCAAUAAUAUGAUAUAAGUAAAAAGUAAUAUUAAGAAAUUUUGAAUGAGUUAUAUCAAGAGAAAUAGCCAGAAGACUAUAAGAAAUAAAUUGUCCAAUAAAAGGAGUUAAUACAUAAUUUGGAAAAUGAAAAAUUGAUUAAGAAUGAUGAACUUAUUACCCUGGUGGAAGAAAAUGACACACUAAAAAAAAAUUAAAUUUCACUUUAAGAUUAAAUUAUAGAGUUAUUAAAACAAUUGAAUUAGUAAAAUUUAGGAUAGUUUGAAGAAAAAGACAUCGAGAGUGCGGAUGAAUUAUAAGAAGAUAAAUUAAAGUAAAUGAAUAUUUUACAAACAGAAAAUAUUAUAUUAAAAGAUUAAAUAUAAGAGGUGGAAUAAUAAAGAUAAGAGGAUCUUAAAUCUUUCAAGUAAAUUAUUGGUGAGGGAGCAGAUUAAUAAUGUAUUGCAGAUUUAGUAACUUAAAAAUAGAAAUUACAAACUGAUUAAAGAUAGCAAUUAAUUUAGAUAAAUAAAUUAUAAUAAGAGCUAAUUUUAUAAUAAAAUGAAAAUAAUGAUUUGAAAGAAAUGAUGAAUCAAUUAAAAAGACAAAAAUAAGAUAAAAAUUUGAAAGAAGAAAAUGAAGUAUUUAGUAAAAGAGAAAAUGAAAUAGAUGAAUUGAGAAAGGAAUAAAUCAAAUUAAAGGAUGAAUUAAUUUAAACCAAGUAAUAGCUGAAUGAGUAAAUGUAAUAAUAAAUCUAAAAACCGUAAGGUAGCGAGAAACAGAUAUAAUUCUAAACAGAUCCUGAAAAAGUCCUUUAAAUCAGCUCACUCUAAGCAGAAUGUGUGAAUCUCAAGAAACAAAUUUAGGAUGUUGAAUAGUAGAGAAAGGAUGAUCUAAAAUCUUUUGAAAAUAUGCUUGGUGAAGGAGUCAAUGAAUCCUAAAUUAUUGGCUUGACUUCUGAUAAAUAGUAACUUUAAUCUGAAUUAAGAAUAUUACAAAAUAAAUGUGAUCAAUUGUAGUAAGAACAAAUUGCAUUGUAGAAUUAAUUACUUUAGAAGAACAAAUAAAUUGUGGAUUUACAAGAUGAUACCAAAUUGAGCGAGAAAGAAUAGCAAAUUCGAGAAAAGGAUAACGAGAUAAAACUAUUAGAACAACAAAUAUAAACAGCUAAAGAUCAAUAUUAAGAGCUAUUAGACUUGCAAUAAUAAAACUUAACUCCUGGAGGAUAAAAGGAAAAGAUAUUACAAUAAACAAAAGAAAUUCAUGAUCAACAAGAAGUGAUUAAUGAACUUCAACAUAAGGUGGAAACUGAAGUACCGCAACUUUAAUAACUCUUAUGUGAAGCAGAAGAAAAAUUUAAAGAAGCUUAAAGUCAAGCAGAUUUAUGGAAUAAAAACUACAAAGAUCUUUAAGAAGCAAAACAAUAAUAAGUUGAUGAUUUUGUGAAACCAGAAUAAAUAGAAAAUUAUAGUUUAGAUUAAGCUAAAGAUGCUUUAAAAAAAUUGAAUGAUGAGUUGAAGAAAUAAUAAUAAAUAAAUAAUGAGUAACUUCAAGUAAACGAAAAUUUAUAAAAAUAAAUGAAAGAUCCAUAAGAAAUGGCUUCUUAAAAUCAGAAUGAAAUAGAUGAAUUGAAAAAGGAAUAAAUCAAAUUAAAGGAUGAAUUAAUUUAAACCAAGCAAUAACUAAAUGAGUAAUUGCAAUAAUAAAUCUAAAAACCUUAAGGUAGCGAGAAACAGAUAUAAUUCUAAACAGAUCCUGAAAAAGUCCUUUAAAUCAGCCAACUCUAAGCAGAAUGUGUGAAUCUCAAGAAACAAAUUUAGGAUGUUGAAUAGUAGAGAAAGGAUGAUCUAAAAUCUUUUGAAAAAAUGCUUGGUGAAGGAGUCAAUGAAUCCUAAAUUAUUGGCUUGACUUCUGAUAAAUAGUAACUUUAAUCUGAUUUAAGAAUAUUACAAAACAAAUGUGAUCAAUUGUAGUAAGAACAAAUUGCAUUGUAGAAUUAAUUACUUUAGAAGAACAAAUAAAUUGUAGAUUUACAAGAUGAUACCAAAUAGAGCCAGAAAGAAGAGCAAAUUCGAGAAAAGGAUAACGAGAUAAAACUAUUGGAACAACAAAUACAAACAGCUAAAGAUCAAUAUUAAGAGUUAUUAGACUUGCAAUAGUAAAACUUAACUCCUGGAGGAUAAAAGGAAAAGAUAUUACAAUAAACAAAAGAAAUUCAUGAUUAACAAGAAGUGAUUAAUGAACUUGAACAGAAGGUGGAAACAGAAGUACCGCAACUUUAAUAACUCUUAUGUGAAGCAGAAGAAAAAUUUAAAGAAGCUUAAAGUCAAGCAGAUUUAUGGAAUAAAAACUACAAAGAUCUUUAAGAAGCAAAACAAUAAUAAGUUGAUGAUUUUGUGAAACCAGAAUAAAUAGAAAAUUAUAGUUUAGAUUAAGCUAAAGAUGCUUUAAAAAAAUUGAAUGAUGAGUUGAAGAAAUAAUAAUAAAUAAAUAAUGAGUAACUUCAAGUAAACGAAAAUUUAUAAAAAUAAAUGAAAGAUCCAUAAGAAAUGGCUUCUUAAAAUCAGAAUGAAAUAGAUGAAUUGAAAAAGGAAUAAAUCAAAUUAAAGGAUGAAUUAAUUUAAACCAAGCAAUAACUAAAUGAGUAAUUGCAAUAAUAAAUCUAAAAACCUUAAGGUAGCGAGAAACAGAUAUAAUUCUAAACAGAUCCUGAAAAAGUCCUUUAAAUCAGCCAACUCUAAGCAGAAUGUGUGAAUCUCAAGAAAUAAAUUUAGGAUGUUGAAUAGUAGAGAAAGGAUGAUCUAAAAUCUUUUGAAAAAAUGCUUGGAGAAGGGGUCAAUGAAUCCUAAAUUAUUAGCUUGACUACUGAUAAAUAGUAACUCUAAUCUGAUUUAAGACAAUUACAAAAUAAAUGUGAUCAAUUGUAGUAAGAACAAAUUGCAUUGUAGAAUUAAUUACUUUAGAAGAACAAAUAAAUUGUGGAUUUACAAGAUGAUACCAAAUAGAGCCAGAAAGAAGAGCAAAUUCGAGAAAAGGAUAACGAGAUAAAACUAUUGGAACAACAAAUACAAACAGCUAAAGAUCAAUAUUAAGAGUUAUUAGACUUGCAAUAGUAAAACUUAACUCCUGGAGGAUAAAAGGAAAAGAUAUUACAAUAAACAAAAGAAAUUCAUGAUUAACAAGAAGUGAUUAAUGAACUUCAACAUAAGGUGGAAACAGAAAUACCGCAACUUUAAUAACUCUUAUGUGAAGCAGAAGAAAAAUUUAAAGAAGCUUAAAGUUAAGCAGAUUUAUGGAAUAAAAACUACAAAGAUCUUUAAGAAGCAAAACAAUAAUAAGUUGAUGAUUUUGUGAAACCAGAAUAAAUAGAAAAUUAUAGUUUAGAUUAAGCUAAAGAUGCUUUAAAAAAAUUGAAUGAUGAGUUGAAGAAAUAAUAAUAAAUAAAUAAUGAGUAACUUCAAGUAAACGAAAAUUUAUAAAAUUAAAUGAAAGAUCCAUAAGAAAUGGCUUCUUAAAACCAGAAUGAAAUAGAUGAAUUGAAAAAGGAAUAAAUCAAAUUAAAAGAUGAAUUAAUUUAAACCAAGUAAUAUCUAAAUGAGUAAUUGCAAUAAUAAAUCUAAAAACCUUAAGGUAGUGAGAAACAGAUAUAAUUCUAAACAGAUCCUGAAAAAGUCCUUUAAAUCAGCCAACUCUAAGCAGAAUGUGUGAAUCUCAAGAAAUAAAUUUAGGAUGUUGAAUAGUAGAGAAAGGAUGAUCUAAAAUCUUUUGAAAAAAUGAUUGGAGAAGGGGUCAAUGAAUCCUAAAUUAUUAGCUUGACUACUGAUAAAUAGUAACUCUAAUCUGAUUUAAGACUACUACAAAAUUAAUGUGAUAAGUUGUAGUAAGAACAAAUAGCUUUAUAAGAUUAAUUACUUUAAAAGAACAAAUAAAUUGUGGAUUUACAAGAUGAUACCAAAUACAGCGAGAAAGAAGAGCAAAUUCGAGAAAAGGAUAACGAGAUAAAACUAUUGGAACAACAAAUACAAACAGCUAAAGAUCAAUAUUAAGAGUUAUUAGACUUGCAAUAGUAAAACUUAACUCCUGGAGGAUAAAAGGAAAAGAUAUUACAAUAAACAAAAGAAAUUCAUGAUUAACAAGAAGUGAUUAAUGAACUUCAACAUAAGGUGGAAACAGAAAUACCGCAACUUUAAUAACUCUUAUGUGAAGCAGAAGAAAAAUUUAAAGAAGCUUAAAGUUAAGCAGAUUUAUGGAAUAAAAACUACAAAGAUCUUUAAGAAGCAAAAUAAUAAUAAGUUGAUGAUUUUGUGAAACCAGAAUAAAUAGAAAAUUAUAGUUUAGAUUAAGCUAAAGAUGCUUUAAAAAAAUUGAAUGAUGAGUUGAAGAAAUAAUAAUAAAUAAAUAAUGAGUAACUUCAAGUAAACGAAAAUUUAUAAAAUUAAAUGAAAGAUCCAUAAGAAAUGGCUUCUUAAAACCAGAAUGAAAUAGAUGAAUUGAAAAAGGAAUAAAUCAAAUUAAAAGAUGAAUUAAUUUAAACCAAGUAAUAUCUAAAUGAGUAAUUGCAAUAAUAAAUCUAAAAACCUUAAGGUAGUGAGAAACAGAUAUAAUUCUAAACAGAUCCUGAAAAAGUCCUUUAAAUCAGCCAACUCUAAGCAGAAUGUGUGAAUCUCAAGAAAUAAAUUUAGGAUGUUGAAUAGUAGAGAAAGGAUGAUCUAAAAUCUUUUGAAAAAAUGAUUGGAGAAGGGGUCAAUGAAUCCUAAAUUAUUAGCUUGACUACUGAUAAAUAGUAACUCUAAUCUGAUUUAAGACUACUACAAAAUUAAUGUGAUAAGUUGUAGUAAGAACAAAUAGCUUUAUAAGAUUAAUUACUUUAAAAGAACAAAUAAAUUGUGGAUUUACAAGAUGAUACCAAAUACAGCGAGAAAGAAGAGCAAAUUCGAGAAAAGGAUAACGAGAUAAAACUAUUGGAACAACAAAUACAAACAGCUAAAGAUCAAUAUUAAGAGUUAUUAGACUUGCAAUAGUAAAACUUAACUCCUGGAGGAUAAAAGGAAAAGAUAUUACAAUAAACAAAAGAAAUUCAUGAUCAACAAGAAGUGAUUAAUGAACUUGAACAGAAGGUGGAAACUGAAGUGCCAUAACUUUAGGGACAAUUAAGUGAAGCUUAGGAAAAAUUGAAGGAUGCACAAAAGGAUGCAGAACUAUGGAAUAAAAAGUAUCAUGAAUUGUUAGAGAGCAAAUAAACUUAAGUUCAGAACAUUCUUGCUCCAGAAGAAAUCGAAAAAUUGAGCUCUGAAGAAGCCAAAAAUGCUCUUACAUAAUUGAACAAGUAGUAUUCAGAUAAAGCUCAAGAAAAUAGAGAAUUAGAGAUGGUGGUUUAGCACCUUAGAUAAGAUCUAGAUACUUCAUAGGAGAAAGUAUAACAACAAGCUAAGGAAGCACAAUAAGAGAAAGCUGUACAUGAAUAACAAACUUAAAUCCUUAAUAGUUAACUCAAAGAUUUAGUGGUCAAGGAUGAAGCUCAAAGGAAAGAAAUUUUAGAUUUGAAAAAUAAAGUUGAUUAAGAAAAUGCAGACUUUUGGAAGUAAUAAUAUUAGUAAUUGGCUAAAAAGUAACCUGAAAUUAGCUCAACAUAGGUAGGAGAUUAACAGGAACAGCAAGUAGCCUAACAAGAAGGAGAAGUGAAGCCUAAAGAAGUUUUAAAUGAAGAAGUUGAAUUACUUAAAAUUAAAUUAGAGAAAUUAAAUGAUCUUCAAAAAGAAAAUGAAGAAUUAAAAGCAUAACAGAUAAUAAUCUAAGAUGAAUUACUCUAAACCAAGUAAUAGCUUAAUGAGUAAUUGCAAUAAUAAAUCUAAAAACCUUAAGGUAGCGAGAAACAGAUAUAAUUCUAAACAGAUCCUGAAAAAGUCCUUUAAAUCAGCCAACUCUAAGCAGAAUGUGUGAAUCUCAAGAAAUAAAUUUAGGAUGUUGAAUAGUAGAGAAAGGAUGAUCUAAAAUCUUUUGAAAAAAUGCUUGGAGAAGGGGUCAAUGAAUCCUAAAUUAUUAGCUUGACUUCUGAUAAAUAAUAACUCUAAUCUGAUUUAAGACAAUUACAAAAUAAAUGUGAUCAAUUGUAGUAAGAACAAAUUGCAUUGUAGAAUUAAUUACUUUAGAAGAACAAAUAAAUUGUGGAUUUACAAGAUGAUACCAAAUAGAGCGAGAAAGAAGAGCAAAUUCGAGAAAAGGAUAACGAGAUAAAACUAUUGGAACAACAAAUACAAACAGCUAAAGAUCAAUAUUAAGAGUUAUUAGACUUGCAAUAGUAAAACUUAACUCCUGGAGGAUAAAAGGAAAAGAUAUUACAAUAAACAAAAGAAAUUCAUGAUCAACAAGAAGUGAUUAAUGAACUUGAACAGAAGGUGGAAACUGAAGUGCCAUAACUUUAGGGACAAUUAAGUGAAGCUUAGGAAAAAUUGAAGGAUGCACAAAAAGAUGCAGAACUAUGGAAUAAAAAGUAUCAUGAAUUGUUAGAGAGCAAAUAAACUUAAGUUCAGAACAUUCUUGCUCCAGAAGAAAUCGAAAAACUGAGCUCUGAAGAAGCCAAAAAUGCUCUUACAUAAUUGAACAAGUAGUAUUCAGAUAAAGCUCAAGAAAACAAGGAAUUAGAAUAGUUAUCUAAAGAGCAACAAUCCUAUUUGUUUUAAAAAUAAUAAGAAUUAGAUUAAUUAUAACUUAAACUUGAUUAAGUUACCCAAAUUUCCAAUAUUUAAAAAUUGUAGCUAUAAAGUACGGCAGAUGAUUACACUAAUUAAAUAGAUUAAUUAAAAUAAUAUAUUUCUGAUCUUAAAUCUUAAAUCGAUUAGCAAAACCCUGCCUUUUGGAAAUAAUCCUACUAGAAGUUAUUAGAAGAUACAAAAUAGUUAAAUUAAAAUAUUCCAUAAGAUGUUUUUCAACAAGAAACUGUAAUUUUGCCCAAUCAGCCUGCUUAAACUCCAUUAUCAGAGUAUUAAUUGUUAAAAUAGUAAUACGAAGAAUUAUACCAAGUUAAGCUUUAACUUCAACAAGAGUUAUUACUUGCCUAAAAUCGUAUCACAUAGCUUAUUAAUGAAUAAAUAAUUAAGCCUGCAGGUUAAGAAGAGGCAAUUUAAUUUUCUACUGAUCCUUAAAAAGCCUUGGUUGUGUCGCAAUUAGAGUAGACAAUCUAAUUAUUAACCCAAUAAAUUUCUGAAAUUGAAAAAUAAAGAAAUGAUGAUUUACAGAAGUUUAAAGAUAUGAUUGGGAAUGGUGUGAAUGAAAGUACUGUUGCAACUCUCAUGCAAGAAAAAUAAUCAUUACAAUCUCAAUUAAUAAAAUUCAAAACCUAGAUCGAUUAGAAUUAAUAAGAAUAAAUUUCAAUUUAAAACUAAUUAAUUUCAAAAACAAAUUAAUUAAUUGAAUUGUAAGAAAGCCUCAAACAGGAUUUCUCUUAAUAAAACAUAAAAUAAUUGCAGGAUGAAAAUAAUUUACUUCAACUAGAAUUAUAAAAAGCCAAAAAAUCAUACCAAGAAUUACUUGAGUUAUAAUCAGAAAAUCUAACGCCAAAUGGUUUAAAAGAAAAGAUUUUAAAUUAAUAAAAACAGAUUCAUGAUUUAGAAGAAUAACAUUUAAUAUCUUAAUAAAAAUAUGAGAAUGAGCUAUCAUCAUUAGUAGGAUAACUAAGUGAAGCAAAAUAAAAAUUAAAAGAUUCCCUAGCUGAUAGUGAGUUAUGGAACAACAAAUACCAUGAAUUACUUGAAUGUCGUUAAAAUCUUCCAACAUUAGAGAUUGAAGAUUUACAAAAAAAAUUAUUAGUAUCCCAAUAAAACACAGAAAAGGAGAGGGAAAAAUACAAUAAUUUAUUAUAAGAAUAAUAUUCCUAACUUUCACCUACUUCCUCUUAAGCUAAACUUUUGUAAGCAUAAGAUUAAAUUAAUUAAUUAAAACUGUAGUUGGAAAACAAUAAAUCUUAAGAAAUUUAUUCAGAGCCUUAAUAAUAGAUUGAUAGUUUGCAAGAGGAAAUUGAAAAUUUGAGAAAAAAUAUUGAAAAUUUAGAAAAAAUAAAUUAAAUAAGCAAUGAAUAAAUUGAAUAUUUAAAAGGAUAACUAUAAAAAAAUGAAAUAAAUUAGCCCACUUAACAAAUUGUAACUGAUAGUUAGGAAUUGUUAUAAAUGUAAGAAUAAAAUAUCGUUUAUUAGUCUCAAAUUAAUGACUAACAAAAAGAAUUACAAAAAGCAUAAAACCUAAUUCAAUAGCAAUAAGAUAAAAUUUUGGAUGCCUUAAAAGAUCAAUAAAAAGUAGAAUUUUGGAAAAAAUAAUAUACAGAUUUAUUAUCUGAAAAGUAUCCUUAAGAAUAAUCAAAUUAAAUAUAAGAAUUAAAAGAACAAUAAGUUAGUGAAUUGCCUCUAAUAUAAGAAAAUAAAUAAAUAUAAUAACUUGAGAAUUAGAUAAAUUAAUUGUAAUAGGACAAGGUCAAUCUCUCUUAGUAACUUAUAGAUAUUUAAAAUAAGUUCAAUGCUGCUAUGCAACCAAAAUAAUAAUAAGAAUCUAUAAGUACACGUCAAAAUGAUCAUAUUCAAAGUUUAGAAAAUUAAAUUAAAGAAUUAUAGAAGGAAAAUAAAGAGUAAGCUUAUUUAAAUUAUUUUUAGUGUUAUUGUAUAAAUGAGAGAAGCCUUAAAUGGAAACGAUUAGUAAAAAUAAAUAGCUGAUCUUCUAGAAAUUAAUAGCAGUCUAAAGUUAAAUAAUUCAAAAUUGUUGAUUGACUUAUAGAUGAAUUAAAGCGAAUUAAUAAGGUAGUAAUAGUAAGUUUAGAUUUUAAACAAUACUGUUAAUGAUCUCUAAGAUCCCACAGUGGCUGAAAAUACAAAAUUACGUGUUUCAGAUUUAGAGAAGUAAAUUGAUUUAAUUGGAUAAUAAGUCGAUUUCUGGAAACAAAAAUAUCAAUAAGUUUUAAAUGAAUAUAGUCAAUAAUUAUCUCCUACAAGUGUUUAAAAUAAGAUGUUAGAGUAAACAAAAUUAAUUCAUGAUCAGGAAGAAGCAUUGAUGCUUUUAUAAAAAACAAAAGAUUAAUCAAAAUUAGAAAGUGAUUUGGAAAUUAAUAAUCUAAAAUUGUAAAUUAAAGAUAUUUAAGAGGAAAAUUUAGUUCUGAAAAAGAAACUAUAAGAUUAUUAAAAUUAAACUUAAUAAUUAUCAAUCUAAAGAGUUAUAUCGCAAGGAGAAAAUGAGUUAUAGGUAUAAUAUUGGAAGGAUAAAUAUUAAGAAGCCUUAGAAGCUUUAUAUAAAGAUCCUGAGCAUGUACAAGAAAUACUAAAACAAAAAGAAGAAGUUGCUUAAACUUUAUAUUUUGAUAAGGAUUCACAGUCUAUUCAUGAUUUUGAAUCUGAUUUGAUCGAAAAAUUGAGAAGUGAAAAUUAAACAUUUUAAGGAGAGGUCACAUUUUAUAAAAAAAGAGUUUAUGAAUUAGAAUAAUAAUAAAAAAUUGAGCCUAGCUAAUAAGAUACUGUGUAAUCUAGAUAAUAUCAAAUUUCCUAACUUGAAAAAGACCUAUAGAAAGCUAUUUCAAAUUGUGCAUAUUGGGAAUAAAAGUAUAAUGAAAUAGCCUAACAGAGCAUCAAAAUCGAAACUUAAAAAUAUGGAGGUGAUCCAACCUAAACAGCAACUUUCUGGAGAUAAAAAUAUGAUUAAGUUGAGCUAAAUAGAUAAUAGCUGAUUCAAGUAAUUGCUGAAAAAGAAGAAUAGUUAGAAUUGAAUAUGUAAUCAUUUUAGCAAAUUCUUAAAGAUGAAUUAAAGGAAGAACUUACUAAAAUAAGAACUUAAGAAAGAGAAAAAAUGGAACAAUAAUUUUAAUAAAAUUAUCCUUAGAGUGAGUCAGUUUUAAUAUAAAAACUAAAGGAUUCUCAUGAGGUGGAAAAAGAAUAACUUAUUUAAGAAUUUCUAAGAAGAAUUGAUUAACUUUUAUAGAGCAAUGUAUAAAAGUAUCCUGAAGGAGAAAAUUGGAAAGAAUUGAUUUUAAGAUAUGAAAAAUAAAGGUAAAAUGAGCUCUAUGAACUAAGAUAGCACUUGGAAAUUUUAUAAAGAUCAUAAAUAUCCACUAAAGAUAUAGAAUUUUAUGCAGAAAGAAGAGCAUAUGAAAAUACAAUUAAUGAAUUAAGAGCUAGGAUAUCUUAAGAAGAUCCUUAAGAGCUGUAUGACACCAUUGAGUAUUAAAGAAAAGUGAUUUUAGAUUAUGAAAAUCAAAUCUCCUUUUUAUAAAAUGAACGAACAAAUCUAGAAAUGCAUAUUAUGUAACUAAAUUAGUAAAUUGAUCAAUUAAGGGACAAUAUUUCAAAAUUCUAAAUAUAAUAAGAUCAUAGAAAAAGGCAAAGAGCUGAAGUACUGGAGGCUAUAGAAGAAAUGAAACGAGAAAGAGCGGCUGAUAGAGAUUCUUUUAAAUCUCCUUAUAGACAAAUGAGACAAAGUUAAAGAAGAACAUCUUGGGACAGAUAUCCAAAAGACUUUUUAAGGCCUUCGAAUAUUUAACAACCUUCUCCUUAUUAACACUAAAGUUCACCUAUGCAAAAAAUUCCAUUCCAAUAAUCCUAAUUUAUAUCUCCUAAAUAGGAAAAUAGAGAAAUAAGUUUAAAGUUACAGGAAUUAGACGAAGUUAAAUAUAAGUACUAGUCCGCUUUGAAUAAUAUUUUAUAACUCGAAACCUAAGUAAUAGAGAAACUUCAGCAAGAUGAUUUGUAAAUUGAAUGA